AAAAGACGCGGCUGCUGCUACAGACACACAGCGCGCACUGACUGACGGGAACCGGAGGGGACUGCCUCACCACUGUGAGGCGUAAAUGGACACAACAUUUCCCAAAAGAAAGACGCUGCCCGCAAAACGACCUGUGUCCCAAAUGCGUCCUGGAAAUUAAUUCGCGUAUUUGCUGUAUACCAGAUCCCCUUUUCCACCCUGCACAACGGAAGUUUCUCUGACCGAUUUUUCGAGGAUCUUUCAUUUAUAGGCUGCAAACAUGGAAGAGGACAACCAAGUACCCCAGGACCUGUCUUUGGAGGAAAGAGAUGAGCUGUCGAACAUACGACGCAGGAAAAAAGAGCUUCUUGAUGAUAUUGAACGGCUGAAGUUUGAGAUUUCCGAGGUAAUGACUGAGAUUGAGCAGCUUACUUGCGUGGGGGAGAGUAAGACAACACAAAGAAAUAAACAGAUCGCCAUGGGGAGAAAGAAGUUCAAUAUGGACCCUAAAAAGGGGAUCCAGUUUCUUCUGGAGAACGAUCUUCUCCAGCACACCCCAGAGGAGGUCUCUCAGUUCCUCUACAAAGGCGAGGGGCUCAACAAAACAGUCAUCGGGGACUACUUAGGGGAACGGGAUGACUUUAACCUCAAGGUCCUCCAGGCGUUUGUGGAGCUUCAUGAGUUUGCAGACCUCAACCUCGUACAAGCCUUACGGCAGUUUCUGUGGAGCUUCAGACUUCCUGGCGAAGCCCAGAAGAUUGAUCGUAUGAUGGAGGCGUUUGCAUCCAGGUACUGCCAAUGCAAUCCUGGCGUCUUCCAGUCCACAGACACCUGCUAUGUCCUAUCAUUUGCCAUCAUUAUGCUGAACACAAGCCUGCACAAUCCCAACGUCAGAGACAAGCCCCCCGUGGAGCGCUUCAUCUCCAUGAACAGAGGGAUCAAUGAGGGGGGAGACCUCCCAGAGGACCUACUCAGGAAUUUAUUCGACAGCAUCAAGAGCGAACCCUUUAAGAUCCCAGAGGAUGAUGGGAAUGACCUGACACACACAUUCUUCAACCCAGACAGAGAGGGCUGGCUGCUUAAAUUAGGGGGCCGAGUGAAAACCUGGAAGCGACGGUGGUUCAUCCUGACUGACAACUGCCUCUACUACUUCGAAUACACAACUGACAAAGAGCCUCGUGGGAUUAUCCCGCUGGAGAAUCUGAGCAUCAGGGAGGUGGAGGAGCCCAGGAAACCUAACUGUUUCGAGCUCUAUAAACCUAACCACAAGGGCCAGGUGAUCAAAGCCUGCAAGACGGAGGCAGAUGGGCGUGUCGUCGAGGGAAACCACGUGGUGUACAGGAUAUCAGCGCCCACGCCGGAAGAGAAAGAGGAGUGGAUUAAAUCCAUCAAGGCCAGCAUCAGCAAAGACCCUUUCUAUGACAUGCUGGCCACCAGGAAGAGACGCAUCGCCAACAAGAAGUGAAGAGGGACAAUCUUCUCAACCUCCAGCUCCUCCAUCUUUCUCUCCCACACAUAAACUACACACGCUGAGAAGCUGGUUCACAAAAAAAAAAGACCCUGGAUAUGAACCUCAGUUUCUCCCCUGGACGGUGUGCACUGCUGGGGAGACACCCCACUGCUGAGGGGACAGCAGAGUUUCAGGAAACUCAAAUGUGUGGACUCUUGCCUGGAGCAACACAUGAACAACCAACAGCCAGUUUGUUUCUCCUCCAUCUCAUACACACCCCCUACCUCCCCCUCUCAUGGCCAUCACAUGUUCUAGGUCUCUCUAAAGCACAACUGCCAUGUUUCAGGUGCACAUGCAUGCAUGUGGAUUAUUAUCGACAAAUAUGUUUGUGUGUGUGCGCGUGUGUGUUUGCAGCAGUGUGCAUGCUAUCAAUGCACACAGUCUACAUUAUGUAAGUGAUGCGUUACCUCCACUGUGCUUUAUGAGAAAGUCGUUGUCAUUCAAAAUCAGAGUUCAGAUGCAUGGUCAGCUACACAGGGAAUGGAAUGCGAUGAUAAAUAGAGACAUUUUGAGGAUAAAGGGUGGAAAUAGGAGACAGAUGUAAACAUGUGGUGGGUGGAUCAUUGCAGCGUAACCUCACCCGGACCAUGUCAUCUCACUCUGGAUUCUUCUCUCCCGGUGCCAUAGCUGAAGCCCUGCUGGGAGUAACCUCAGAAAACAGCGGUGGCUUACAUUUAGGUUCCUAACACCGCAUUACAGUCUUGAGUCAGCUGGGCUGAUCUUUUAUUUUUAUUUACAUGGAGCAGAGAAUUUUGAAAAGUGCAUACUUUUUAUUUUAGUUGAGUAGAAAAGGAGCUUUUGCCGAUGCUUGAGAUUAAACCUUGCUCUUUGGGAGUAAAUGUGUAAUCCUUAAGAUUGUAUUCCUGGUCCAUUUGAAAUCCCAACCAUCAUUAAUGUUAGUGACAUCAAGUGGGGUUUAAAAGUGCAGCUAACAUUAGAAGUCACUUUGUCAGAAUUUGUAACUAAGUUGUAUGUAAAGGCUGCAAGGCGGUCUCCACCAGCACCAAUGAAAACUGAGAUUUAGAUUGGCUAUUGCAGACUCAAUGCUGACCAGAGAAAAAGACCAAUAUGAUCUUAAGGAUUUGAACUUUUACAAGUCUACUGGGUAGGUUUUAUUUAUGGCUGUGCAAUGGCCCAGAAGGGUACCAGUCCGAUUAAGCUUUUUUUCCUCUCUUGUCUUUGGCCUGUCAGUGAAGGUCGUAUUGUUGUGAUCCUGUUUGCAUUUGGUUUGUAAUCCUAUUAAUUCCUUGCUUGCUUUUGUGUUCCUCUUUACAGGUAUAUAAAUAAUUAAGUUAUGUAUGUAUAUAUAUAAUGUAUAGGUUAUCUGGUCUCUUUGUUGUAGUAUGCACACUCUGUGUAACAUGUUUGAGCCUUCAGGCACCAGUUUGCAUCAGCUGAAGUUUGGGGUCUUCUUUACAAAAGCCUUAAACCCAAUCAUAAGAAAACAUACGAGGAUGAGGAGGAUAAAACUGACAAUAUUGGUAAAUAACUGUGACGAUGCUCUUUAAAAAAAGCCAUGACUGAUGAGUGAGGAAGAGGGUUGUAUUUAUGAUGAUGAUAAAGAUUAUAGUGAAAAUGAUGUUUUGAUGUUUGAUGAUGAUGAUUAUAGUGAAGUAAUAUCAGUUAGGAUGAUGAUGAUGAUGAUGAUGUCAAAACUAUAAACAACAGUAGUUUUCUAUGUGAUUGUAAAAUAAAAUGAAAGCCUUGCGGUCAGGGCAGAAUAUUAUCUUCUUAUAAUUAACUUAUAUUAACUUUUAUAUCCUCUGUAAAAGCUAUCGGUCACGUUAUACAUUACGUGUAUCUAUAUAAAGUAUAC